CCCAUCCAGGGAGAGUAGAAAUACUCCUAGUUGCUUCAUGCUACAGAAACCAGGAUAAGCUCCAGCUUGAUGGGCCACUCGGGCUUGUAUCCAGACUUUAGCUACCUACCUCACCUAAGUAGACUAAAUAAGAUCAUUUUCUUCAAUUUUUGAAAGAUCUUGUGAGCAUUUUCUUAAGAUGUCUGAUAAUUUAUGAAUCAAAAUAGUCAUUUGUGAACAUUGUCUAUUAAAGGUCCUUAGAACAUUUUUGACGUUAAUUCCGAAGUCUGGUAACAAUGUCUUAGGGAGAUCUCAAGAUGUUGUCAUUUACUCCAUUCUAGCUGCUCACUAUAUCCAGGCGAAGAAGAAGGAAAUAUCUGAUGCAUACCUUAAGUUAUUGUUAGACAUUUUUGUAUGGGUCAAUAUAUUUUAUACAUAACUUUUCUCAGUAAAAUGAAACUUAAUGAAACACUGCUAACAGUUUAUAACAUAAAGUUCCAUUCAAAACUGUUUGUAUUUUCCUGUUCUUUGACAGAAUUGAUUGGAAAUGCUUUGAGUAAGUCAUUUGGUAAAGGAGGGAAGUCACCAAGCCUCUCUGAGGUGGUUGAUUAUGAAGUUCCCAUGAUAGUGUUAGCGUCAUUUUCUCUGCUUGCUGCACUGGUUAUUCCCAUUGUUGGCCUUGUGUUCUGUUGCUGCCGUUGUAAAGGAAAGUGUGGUGCUUCUAUUGAUGAUAGCAAACUCAAGCAGCAUCCUACUAAAGAACGGAUAGCUUACUCUGCAGGAAUCCUUGUUUGUGCACUGUUUAUUAUUCUUGCAGGUAUAUUCAUCUUAGCUUCAAGUGUUAGAAUGAACAAGAGUGUUCCACAUGCAAGAACUGUUUGGUCAGACUCAUUUGCUGAUAUUUAUACUUAUACUGACAAUACACUCAAGGAACUAAAUCAUAUUGUAUCUAAAGAGGCUGUUCCUACAGUUGAUGUUUUGCUGGAGGAUGUCAUUGCAAUGGGCAGAGAUGUAGUUAUUCCUGUUCUUGAAAAAGGAGCACCUAUAUUUGGAAGACUUUAUGACAAUGUGAAGGACCUUGACAAUGCACUCAGCCAGUCUGUGUACCUUUUUGUUGAAAUACAAAGCACAGUAUCAUCACUGAAGUCAACAAGUAACAACAUUCAACUUGAACUAACAGCAGCACAGAAAAAUUUAACAGAUGCUCAAGACAAGUGUAAUAAAGAUGGAGGGGGAAACACAUGUAAUGAAAUUCCUAUUGGUAAUGAGCUGACAACUGAAGCAAACUUCACCAAGGUCCCUAAUAUUACUGACAACCAAAGGAAAGUAGAGGAUGUUUUGAAGACAAAUUUAUCAGAUGAAGUUGUAAAGGGUAAUGAUUCAGUUCACAACAUUCCUGAGAAAGUUCAGAACUUGACAACAAAUUUAACUAAUGAGUUUCAGAAUUUCACAGAUAAAAUAAACAAUGUGCAAGGAGAUGUACUAAAGCCUCUGGAAGAUGACAUCAAUAAGUACAUUCAGGAUGAACUUAAUCCAAUCAGAGAUGACGUGCACGAGAAGUAUCUUGGUCCUGAUGGAAUGUUGACCAAAUAUGAUAAUUACAGGCAUGUGAUUUUCAUUUUAAUAGGAGUGCUGUGUUUAGUGGAUGGCCUGUUGUUAGUACUUGCUGUGAUGUUAGGAUUGUGUGGCUCAAUGAGGUAUGACACACCCAACACCAGAAGUAACAUUGCAGACUUGGGUGGAAGGCUUAUGAUUGGAGCUGCUGGUCUGUUCUUCUUUUCUGCAUUUCUCAUCAAUUUUCUGGCUGGAAUUGUUUUCCUUUUGGGAACAAAUGUUGCAAUACUUUGUGAUGGCUUGCCAGAUUAUAAACUGCUUCAAAAGACUAUAGAUGACCCAAACAUUAUGGGAGAUUACAUAUUGGCACAAAAGCUACUCAGCGAUGGUCGUGUUCCACUGACCAUGUCUGGAGUGCUUGGUGAUUGUUCCAAAAAUAAUGCUCCUUGGGAUGUUCUAAAGAUGGAUUAUUUGUACAAUCUCUCGGAUGUCCUCAACUACAAAGAUCAAAUUCCUCCUAUAACUGAAGUGUUUGCUGAACUCAACAAAACUGUUGGGGAUACUACAGUGUUGUCAGAUGAAGCCAAGAAAAGCAUAAAUGAUUCAUCAGAUGCUGGUGUUCAGGAAAUUAACUACACUCAAUAUAAGGAACAGGUGAAUAAGCCCAUCGUUAAAGUUCCUCUGCCGUCAUUUGCAUCCAACGUCACUAAAGCUGCUAAUGCAACGAAAGGUGUCAGCCAGGGAGCAGUUAGUGAUCAGUUGACGGAUACAGCAAACAGGCUUGAACAUGUUCAUACAACAGUUGUUAAACCAGCUCAGGAACAGGCGGUUAAGCUGGGGCAGCUUACAAGUAACCUUAAGCAAAUAGCAAUUGCUAUUGAGGAUUCAUUUCAAGGAAUAAUCACAGGUCUGAGUGAUGCGGAACAUUUUUUGGCAAAUGAAGCACUUUCAAUUGCUGCGAGGGGAGUUACAAAGCACUGGGACACAGUUUUUGGAGAUGUGGAUUCGUUGUUGGCCCACGUAAUUCAUCAGGUUCGGUUCGAUGUGGGACGAUGUGAGACCGUGUCUAACAUAUACCGUGGGCUCACUGGCUCCCUAUGUCGUCAUUAUGCAGCAGGAAUGAAUGCCUCUUGGGUUGCAUUUGGACUUUGUGCCCUAUUUCUUGUUAUUUCUAUCAUCCUUUGUAUGAAGGCUUCCAAACAUUUCCGACGGGUCUCAUUUAGUGGAGAAAGUGAUGAACCAGGAGAGGAAGAAAUGUUAGAAUUACCGUGGAUGGACGAAGUGCCUGGGCAGAAAUGAAAGCAAUGUAAAUCUUCAUUAGCUGUCUAGGACACGAUGUCACCUCAACACCGCCAGCGUUAAUUUCUGAGUACAUGAGAGCCAUAGAUAAACCAUCCCAACAAACAGAUCAACGCAUUCAUGAAGCUCACUUGCCUAGUAUUGUACUACGAAUUGUUGUAAUUACGACUGUCCCCGCUGUUGAAUGAGCAUACUUCGAAUUCAGAUAUGUCUCAUUCUGUUGCGCAGUAAGUGGAAACAUGAAGGAUUCCGUUAGAAUUUUGUUUGUCCAUGUAAGAAGUGGACUAAGCUGUGUAGGAAUAGACUUGUAUGCUUUUUCAAAUAGUUAAGUCUAUGCUAGGAGACCCAGAGGGCGAUAAUUGGUACAGAAGAAUAGUUUGCGAAAGCCUGUGGUAAACCAUCACUCGCACUCACUCGUUUCGUUGAUGCUAAUGUCUUCUUGAUUUGCCUCUGGGUUUCUGCGGUUUCUGCUAGAGGAAAGGAGGUAGAUAUCCACAAAUUAUAAUGAGUGAGGUGGAUAAUUGUCAGUACCCUUUCGUAAAGGCCAUGUUUCUCAAUCGCGUACGUCAGGAGUUAGGGAGACAUCAUCACAAAUUUGAUUGUUCUUUUGAAUAAUUAUAGAAUAUUAGAUAACAAAUAAUCAUUAAAAUAUGACAAAAUUCUUCCAAAGCUUUUAUAGAAAUGGUGGUGGAAGUGAGACGGUUAAGGGGUUUUGUAAAAUUAAGAUUUCACUUGUGAGUAGAAGUAACUACUACUAUUUUUAAUUAAUUAAUGAAAUACUUUAUUUACACUGCAAAAAAUAUAGAUCAGCUGAAUUUUUAAAAAGCCAACACGACAUAAAAAAAUAUAUCAAAAACGUUUCUCUCAGUAUUUUAUUAAACUUUUAUCCACUUAGUUGAGAGAUCCCAUUUACAUUCUAACAAUUCUGUUUUGUCUUGUUUAUUCCUUUAAAUUGUAUAGGAAUCCUCCUACGAUGUAACGUGGAAUCUUUGUUUACAAUAUUUUCCUCAUUAUCAUAAGCGAUCCAGUUUCUGAUCAAGCAACAAAAUGUCAGUUCUGAAAAUCGAAAGGGCAUAGCACGAUUCGCUGUUCCAAGAAGUUUGAGUCCACUGUACUGAAAACUUUUUGUGCAACGGGCGUUAGAAACUCAAAAUUUUACAAAGAAUGUACGAGCUCAUUAGCUCUUUUGCCCCUCAGAAAUUUUGCAGAUUUGAAAGCCAAUCUAGCCUUGAAUAUCACACUUAAAAGCCACGUAUUUCACCAAAUAAGUGGCUCCCAUAUCUCAUUAAAUGUUUGUAGUCAAUUCGUAUCUACUAUGAUGUCGUCUCUGCGCCAAGUCGCAUGUUAAUGAGGAAAAAUGUAAACAAUGACGUCAGCGACAGUCCGCUUUUGUAUCUGUUGUGUAAUCAAAAAGAAGAAAAAAAAAUCAGUAAACUUGCCAAGAAUAGUCACCAGAUUUUUAAGAGACAGAAAAGUUGCAACUUGAGAGAACUUGUACAGGAAUUUUUUAGUUGUUAUGAGCUUUUACUAGAGUUUACGUAACAUUGAGUUGUGUUUACGAGAUCAUUCUUUCUAUGGACAUGUCGGAAAUUGAUCAGUUUUACUCAGUCUAUCUUGUUCUUAAAGAUUAGAAAUUUCAAUUAUGCCUUUUUAAGACAAGGUUAAUCAAAUAGGUAAACACAAGAAUAUUUAUACACUAAAUGUAAUGAAUCAGUCAAAAUGUAUUUUCUCUGAACUGUCAUUCGAAAAUUUAGAGCUGAACAUAGAUGCUGGCACUUAAAUAAAUGAUAUUACAGUAAUACGAAGUCAAAUUCAUUUGUCACUAUUUGUGGAUUGGACGUAUCAGAUGACCUCGCGUUGGAUUCUGCCUUUCCGUCCCUGUCUUCCUGUGCGUGUUUGUACCAUCCUACAGUUCUGUAUAGUUUGAAUUCGGUGAGGGAAUAUUUCUUCUCUAAAAGGGUCUGUAACGACUGUGAAAAUAUUGAGUGGGAUUGGGGUGAGUCAAAAUUUAUCGAUUUCCUUUAAUUCGUGGUUUAAACAGGCGAGUGUAAUUACUUUUAACUGUGAGGAGACUAUUAAUACGUCGGUUGGCGCGAAAAACAAUUGA